AUACGAUCGUCACUGUCUUCCCUAGAUACAGUUGUGUGUAUCAACAGUCGUAUAUAUUACACGGACGAUGUUAGCGCUCCGAUCAUUAAACGAGGAGUCGAAUAAAACAAGCAAAUUCGCAAUCACGUGACUGAGGAGUCGUGUGAUAAUAACAACGAGUUUAUUUUAUCUAAAUGCAACUAUUACAUUGAUAUGUUUACUGAGUGAUCGAUGCACGAUAGCAACUAGAACAGCACAUCACUUUAUCUUGUAGAAAUCAAUCAAAUAUGUCGAACGUAUUAGCAGUUUUAUUCAUAUUUGUAAUAGUGAAAUGUGAGUGCGCGAAAAUAUUGGCAGUUUUUCCAACUCCGUCUAUCAGCCAUCAAGUAGUGUUUCGUCCUUUAGUGCAUGAAUUAGCAAGACGUGGGCAUGAUGUGACAGUGAUAACAACAGAUCCUGUUUUUCCAAAAGGACAAAGUCCUCAAAACAUAACUGAAAUAGAUGUUCAUGAUAUAUCUUACAAUAUAUGGACAACAUUUUUACAAGCGGAUAAAGGGAGAGAAGAAAAUGCUCAAGCGCAAGUCAAUUUUAUUUUAGAACUAUUGGUACGAAUUUUUGAAGAGCAAAUGAAAACGACUGAUGUCCAGAAACUUAUAAAUGAUAAGAAAAAUAAAUUUGAUUUACUUUUUAUAGAAUCAUGUAUCAGACCAGCUCUAGGUUUUACUUAUUUAUAUAAAGUACCCGUUAUUGAGAUAAGUUCAUUUGGUGCUAUUUAUGAAACAUUUGAUAAAUCAGGAGCUGCAACGAAUCCUCUUUUAUAUCCAAUGGCAAUCCGCCAAAGACUCAAUAAUUUAACAUUGUUGGAAAAAAUUCAAGAAUUAUAUACUCUUUUUAAAGGAGAGUAUGCAUAUGCCCAGCUUGUAGAAUCUGAAGAUAAAAUGUUGCAGAAAAUAUUUGGGUCAAAUAUUCCAAGUGUUAGAGAACUAAAAAAAAAUGUGCAUAUGUUAUUUCUAAACGUACAUCCGAUAUGGGAUUUCAAUCGUCCUGUACCGCCUAAUGUAGUUUAUUUAGGAGGGUUACACCAAAAUGCUGCUAAAGAAUUACCACAGGAUCUCAAAUCUUAUCUCGACUCUUCAAAAAAUGGUGUAAUAUACAUGAGUUUUGGUACAAAUGUUAAGCCCUCAUUGUUACCGAAAGAGAAGGUGCAAAUAUUUACUAACGUAUUUUCCGAGCUGCCUUACGACGUUUUAUGGAAAUGGGAUAAAGAUGAAAUUCCAGGAAGUUCUAAGAACGUAAGAAUCUCUAAAUGGUUCCCGCAGUCCGAUUUACUCAAACAUCCUAAAGUUAAGCUCUUCAUAACACAAGGAGGUUUACAAUCGACAGACGAAGCCCUAACAGCUGGAGUACCUCUUAUCGGUGUACCAAUGCUUGGUGACCAAUGGUUUAACUCCGAACAUUAUGUCAAACAUAAUAUAGGCAUCAAACUUAGUAUGAAAACACUCACAGAGGAAAACUUAAAAUAUGCCAUAGAUACUAUUAUUACAAACAAUAGCUUUCGUGAAAAUGUUGUAAAACUAAGAAACAUUAUGCGAGAUCAACCACUUUCACCAUUGGAACGCGCUGUGUGGUGGACGGAGUACGUCUUACGACAUGAGGGCGCAACACAUCUACGUUCUCCGGCAGCUCACAUACAUUGGACUGAAUAUUAUGCUUUGGAUUUAGUUCUAUUCCUUUUAAGUUCCUUUGUUAUAUUAUUGCUUAUAUUGAUGUUUAUAAUACGUAAAGCUCUAUUAAAAUUAAAAUAUACUGGAAUUAAAAGAAAAAUGAAUUAAUAUGUUAUAUUAUCAUCGAUCAAUGGAAUGAUGCAACAAAAAUAAGGUAACAAAUUGACCAAAUAUUUAUAAGCAUCAGCUACCAAUAGAAACCAAAGAAACUAGAAUAUUUAUUGUUAUAAUUUUAUUGUAUAAAGGAAAUAUAUCUUUAGCUUAAGUUAUUAAAUGUAUGUAUGUUGAUGCAAUGUUUCGAAUUUUGGUUCGAUAUUUAUAAAACGUAAGGUUCUCUCAAAAUUAAAGUAUAUUAGAAUUAAGAACAAACUUUAGAUUAUGUAUUUAAACUUGAAGAAUAUACGUGUUACACACACACUCAACACCCUAGCUCUAAGUUAAUCUGAUUUUGGCUGUAUUAUCUAUUCGUCUAAAUUCGUUGUUCCUUUUUUAGUUUUUGGAAAAUUUAGUGAUGGGCAUAUCUUUGAUGCUUAGAAUUAUUAUGAUUUUUGUUUGUAUUUAGUACAUGUAAUAAAUAGACGCAGUACAGUGACGGAUUGUUGCGCUAAAAAUUGUGUACCAACAUUCAAACAUUGUAAACUAUCUGCAAUAAUAAAAUUUAAUUGUAAAACUUUGUUGUCAGUAAAUGGAUGUAUAUUUUAUUUGUUCAAAUUUGAUUUCCCUAUAUU